GGGAAUCAAAAGGAGUACAUUUAUACACAAGAAACAACCACAGAAAAUACACCCGAGAAGAGGGACGGAUUGUUUGUGCUUUUUAUUCCAAAAUCUAUUCAUUGCUAGGCCUACUCGUUUUUUUUAUUUCUCAAAUUACUUUCAUUUUGGGAAAACCUCAAAUAAGCUAAGGAGAACAAAAGAACAUACAACUAUUUUAAGAAGAAAUCUACUUGUGAAUUAAAAUAAUAAGAAAAGCUCACAAGUUUCACCGAACAGAGGUUUAUUUGCCAGUUCCACAGCCUAUGUAUUUGGAUUUGAUAUAUUCCGCUCGCCGCCCUCCUACUAUGGUGAUAAUGGAAGUCCCCAGCAUCGAUGCCAUGUCCCUCCGCGGGCUGCUGGAGGGGGAAGACCCGGGCUGUCUGGUCCUGGACUGCCGCUCAUUCUUCUCCUUCAACUCCUCUCACAUCCCCGGGUCCACCAACGUCCGCUUCAGUACUAUAGUCCGCCGGAGGGCCAGAGGGGGGCUGGGGGUGGGACACAUUGUGCCCAACGAGGACACACGGAACCGGCUUCUCUCAGGGGAGUAUCAGUCGGUUGUGUUUCUCGAUGAUCGGAGUUUGGACUUCGGCCAAGUGAAGAAGGACGGGACUCUAAUGCUCGCGGUGACAGCUCUGUGCCGAGACCCGUGUGGAGCCAGUGUCUUCUUUCUCAAAGGUGGUUUUGAGACGUUCUCCUCGGAGUAUCCAGAGAUGUGUACCAAGCCGUCAGCUCCACAGGGACUCAGUCUGCCCCUCAGCGCCCGUCCAGACAGCGCCGACCCCGGCUGCAGUCCAUGCAGUACACCGCUCUAUGACCAGGGUGGUCCAGUGGAGAUCCUUCCCUUCCUCUACCUGGGCAGUGGCUACCAUGCCUCCAGAAAGGACAUGUUAGACAUGCUGGGUAUCACUGCUCUCAUCAACGUAUCAGCUAACUGCCCCAACCACUUUGAAGAGUCCUUCCAGUACAAGAGUAUCCCUGUAGAGGACAACCACAAGGCUGAUAUCUCCUCCUGGUUCAACGAGGCCAUAGAGUUUAUCGACUCCGUCCGUAAUAAAGGCGGUCGUGUGUUCGUCCACUGCCAAGCCGGCAUCUCCCGCUCCGCCACCAUCUGUCUGGCCUACCUGAUGAGGACCAACCGCGUGAAGCUGGACGAGGCCUUUGAGUUCGUCAAGCAGCGCCGCAGCAUCAUCAGUCCUAACUUCAGCUUCAUGGGCCAACUGCUACGGUUUGAGUCCCAGGUCCUGGCUACUUCAUCCUGCUCGUCGGAAGCCGGGAGUCCUGCCCUGGGGAAGAGCAGUACGGUCUUUAACUUCCCAGUGUCUGUCCCCGUCCACGGCUCUGCUGGACACGGACAGCUCUCCUUCCUGCACAGCCCCAUCACCACCUCACCAAGCUGCUAAGGGGAAGAGUAGGAUCAUAUGGAGGGUUGUCUGUCUUCGCCCGGACUUAAACUGUCACCAUCGGUGCCUAGUCGUUGUGACUGUACUGUCAAAAUACUAGUAGUGUACUGUCACAGUACUAGUAGUGACAGGGUCAUUGACAAUGUACUGUCAGUGUCACUCAACUACAGGUGACUAAUCUUUGAGCUUUGGAUAGACAUUGAGCUCUAGAACUGAAGGAACCCUUAUUGAUGCCCUUCCUGGUGUAAAGGUCAUAAAGAAGUGAUCCUGGCAUCACAGGACAAAAGGGCUAACUUUUGGAGAGACAAAACCAAGUGGCCUAGUUUAUGGGUUAAAUCCACAGGUCUGCCCCAUCGACUUGAAAGGAGUUUCUCUCACUACCAAUAUGGCAGUAUGGUUAUCACAACAUCCUCUGUAGAAUAAGGAAUGACACCUACAGAUUUGCCUAGAACACCUCAACUUCUAGGAAGAGACAGAGAAGUCAAUGGCUGAAGGUGACUGGGGGAAAGAGUCAAUCCUUUAAAGAAAGUUAGAAGUAUUUUAAUGGUAUGAAGAGAAGAAAUUGUAGUUAAAGAAUCGUUGUCAAAGAUGCAAAGUUAUUUAACGAGAGUGGGCAGCUUUUGAUAAUUACUUUUUUUUUUUUUGACCUGACACAACUCUUAACAAAAUGGG